GUCACCCCCGUGAAGGACCAGGCUGUCUGUGGGUCGUGCUGGAGCUUCGCCACCACGGGGGCCAUGGAAGGUGCCCUGUUCCUCAAGACCGGCGUGCUGACCCCCCUGUCCCAACAAGUCCUCAUCGACUGCUCCUGGGGCUUCGGGAACUACGCCUGUGACGGGGGGGAGGAGUGGAGAGCCUAUGAGUGGAUCAAGAAACACGGUGGCAUUGCCAGCACCGAGUCCUACGGGCCCUACCUGGGGCAGAAUGGCUACUGUCACUGUAACCAGUCGGAGCUGGUGGCCCCCCUGGCUGGCUACGCCCGCGUGGCACCGGGCAGUGCCGUGGCCCUGAAGGCUGCGCUGGUCAAGCACGGCCCCGUGGCCGUCAACAUCGACGCCUCCCACAAGUCCUUCGCCUUCUACGCCAACGGCGUCUACGAGGAGCCCCUCUGCGGAAACGAGACGUGGGCGCUGGACCACGCGGUGCUGGCCGUGGGCUACGGGGUCCUGCACGGCAAGGGCUACUGGCUCAUCAAGAACUCCUGGUCCACCUACUGGGGCAACGACGGCUACAUCCUCAUGGCCAUGAAGGACAACAACUGCGGCGUGGCCACCGCCGCCUCCUUCCCCAUCCUGGCCUGA